AUGGAGAACCAUAACAUUGCUAUGUUGAGAGCUGUUGAUGCCUUUCAAGAGCAGUUUUCUGUCAAGGUUAGGGUGAUCAGGGUUUGGGAACACCCUGAAAGGAGGAAUCCCAGUCAAUUAUACUCAUUUGACAUGAUUAUAAUGGACGAAGAGGGGACAAAGAUGGAGGCAGCAUGCUUGAAUAGAGUUUUACCACAAUUUCGCCCGUCAUUAGUUGAAAAGAAAUGUUUGAUUAUCAGGAAUCCAACUAUAGGUUUUAAUAACUCUACGUACAGGUAUGUUGACAAUCAAAAUAGGCUAUGUUUCCAGGGGACAACCGAAGUUAUUCCAUGUGAAGAUAUUGGUGGAUCACCGUAUGGUUUUGAUUUCUUGAGUUUUCCGGACAUCUUGAACAGUAAUGCUAUUUCAAACUCUACAGUUGAUGUUAUUGGUUAUUUGAUUCGAUCAUUUCCUAAAGAGACUGUUAAUAACAAAGCAACUGGAAAGCAAGCUGUUAAGGUUACUAUAGAGAUAUCUGAUCUGGAGGGUCGGACGGUAUUUCUUACUCUGUGGGAUCAAUACUGUGAUAAAGUUUUGUCGUUUUUUGAGAGUAUCAAAGGAAAAAAUAUUCAUGCAAUCAUUAUAUUGCAGUUUGGCAAGGUCAAGUGGUGGAAUGGGGUUGCGUAUGUUAACAAUUCAUACACGGUUAGUCGUCUUUUUUGCAAUCAUGAUUGUCCUGAAGUCGAUGAGUUCAGAAACCGUUUGUUUGAAAAUUCGAUUGAAGUCUCUGAAUCCACGAGCCUUGGUUCCAUGGCAAAAUCUGUUGAAGAGGAAAUCUUGCAAAGCAAAGAUUUUUUAAAUAUUUGUGAUGUCUUUUCGCUUAAGACGGUUUGCAAGGUCAUUGUUCUGGGUAAUAUACUGGGUGUUUACAAAGAUGAAGGAUGGUUCUAUGAGGGUUGUAAUAGAUGUAACAAGAAGAUCAAAAAAGUUGUUAAUCUGAGUGAGGAUACCCAGGAAUCAGGUUCAGCUGUUACAAAGGAGGUUCUUACCUGUGUAUCUGAUCGUUGUGCUUUUAAAACUAUAACUUCUUCUCUCAAGUUUAAGAUUCAACUUAGAGUUCAAGACCCAUCAGCUUCUGUUACACUUACUUUGUUUGAUCGUGAAGCACGGAAGUUGUUAGGAAAGUCUGUUGAUGAUAUUCUUACUGCUAACCCUGAAUUUCGUUCUGAUUCCAUGAAGAUUCCUGCUGAAGUAGACGCAUUGGUUGGCCAGACUGCUGCUUUUAAAAUAGAUGUUACUGGCUACGUCUUGAAGUAUAACAUCCAUAAGUAUGAUUGUCCGGGAAAUUCCGAAGUGUCACAUAUACUGAAGCUGACUGUGGAUCCUAACGUUAUAUCUGUACUUCAAGAGAAGCAAUCCUCUUCACAGAUAAGUUCUUCUCAGAAUAUGUCUCUCAAUAUUGAUGCUUCAGAAUUUGAAUCUCAGACAUCUGAUGGUUUCAAGAACUCUGCUGCCAAAAGAAUCGAAAACAAUACUCCUGUCUCUAACAUGGCGAGCACCGUUUCACCUGUUUCAUUGGAUGUUACUGAUACUCCUGAUUCCAUGUUAGCUAAGGAUGAAGUGAAGCGAAACUUGGUUCAAGUCUAUGAUGUUGAAGAAGAUUCUCACACAUCUGCAACGAAGCUCCAAAAGUCAGGAGAUUUUCAGGAUUUCAAUAGUGCAGAGAAGAGGAACCUCUUAAUUCCUAAAGUUGAGAAAUAG